AUGAAGCUACUGUUUCGUCGAGUGGUGUUGGCGCAUGCGUUGCCUCAGACUGAUAUUCUCGUAGCCACCUAUCGCUCCAAGCGUAGCCAGGCCAAGCGGGAAGCGUCUCGCGUGGCAAGUGGCUUGUCUGUCGAUGAUAAGAAGAAGAAAAAGCAGAAGGACAAGCGCCGACCACUUUGCAAGAGCAAGCGAUGCGAAGCACCGCCGCGCAUUGAAGCGCCUCCACGUCCAACGCUACAAGAGAUUGAACAAAAAUGGGCCAAGAUGCGUGCACGGACGACACUUGUCCCCCCUGCUGUAGUGCCAGCACGAACGCGCAAGGAUAUUGAGAAUAAGCGACGCAUGCGGCGUCUUGGCUUACUACCGGACGAAGAAGAAGACGAAAAGGGUGAGGGCGCGGGCGCCUCAGACCCGCGUAAUACAGAUUUUGUGGGCCGUCAACAUUCUCGCGGCCGUGAGGAGACUACCCCGCUGCAUUAUCGUAGUGGCCGAUCAUCUAAGGCGGAGAUUAGAGCGGACGAGGAACGAUACAGAGCUACAGGACGUUUGCCAGCGAGACGACGAGUAUCUAUGAAGGAUAAACAGUUUACUAAUAUCCAGCUAGCACCAGACGAUGUGGUGGAGCGCGAGUUUUUGAUUCCAGACGAACCGGCCAAGCCCAAGGCUUUGAAUUUAGCGGUUAUUGGACGACCAAAUGCAGGCAAGUCUUCGAUCAUGAACAGGUUGCUGAAUAUGACGGUAUCAGCGGUAUCUCCCAAGUACAAUACAACGCGAGAUCGGGUCCUGGGCAUCUUUACCGCGGGCGACGCUCAGCUCUCGUUCUAUGAUACACCUGGACUGAUUAAACCAAAAGAAACUCAUGAAUAUGUGCAGACGCUGGUAACGACGGCAGCAGAGACGUUACAAGGAGUAGAUGUGUCCAUGCUGGUUGUAGACUCGGUGAAGCGUCUCGACGAGUCAGCCUUGCAUGCAUUGGAAAAGGUGCUGACCACUUCGGCACAAGUGUGUUCACCUACGAUGCUCAUAAUGAACAAGUUUGAUCUUGUUGGUCAGCGAGAAAAAGUGAAUCUGGAUAUUAAAGUGAAGGAACUAACCCAGAUGAUUGAGGAGAUUUACGCCACGCAUUAUGAUGCUAAUGAAGCAUCUUUGCAGAUCGAUCCAUUGGCAUACGUUGGUAGGAACAGUAUUAAGGUAUCAGCGUUGAAGGGCUACGGCAUGGACCGCUUACGUAAGACGCUGCUCUUGCUGGCAGUUGACCGUCCUUGGAGUUAUCACUCGUCUAUGCAUUCCGAUAUGUCGGAUUUGGACUUGGUCACCGAGAUCAUUCGUGAGAAGCUUUUUUGCCGAUUUAACAAGGAGCUUCCGUACACAUUUGAGCAAGAAAAUGUCGGCUGGACCAAGUUUAAAGACAAAAGCGUCCGUAUUGACCAAGACAUCUUUGUUCCUGCUGCUCGAAUUCGUAAGAUGGUGGUCGGACACAAUGGAAAUACCAUUCGCUCUGUGGGUAUGGCAGCUCGAGACGAGAUUGAGCAGUUGCUGAAGUGCCACGUGCAUUUGUAUCUGAAUGUUCGCGUCCGAAAAAAAAACGUCACGAUGGAGUUCAAGCUUCAGGGCAAUGCGCUGUUUGUGGACGAACAGUAUGAGAAGGCAGUGUCUUGCUACACACACGCACUUGAAACCCAUGUGGAAGAAGCAGAUACACUAUCCAAGCGGGCAGCAGCGUUUCUAAAGCUGGAUAAGCUGCAAGAGGCUGCCGCUGAUGCUCUACGAGCUACGGAACUGGAUGCGACGCUGCACAUGGCGUACAUGCGUCAUGGCAUGGCAUUAUUUGAGCUGGAAAGAUACACGGAGGCUAAGCAAGUUUUUCAAAUAGGGAAAGAAACAGCACCUACGACCGACGAGACAUUGGUCCAGCAGUUCCAGAUAUGGAUCCGCAAGUGUGACGCAAUAUUGGAACGUGAUGAAAAGCUGGUUGUUAUUGAUAAGCCACCUGCAAUAGUGCAAAGCCUUAAGACGAACAAUCACAAGACUGCUGGUAUAGUGGAUUUGCUGUCGGAUAAGCCGACUAUUUGUCAUGACUGGUAUCAGUCAGAAACUUACGUGACAUUAUCAAUUUUACAGAAGAAACUCAUACAAGAAGAUGUUGAAGUAAGUAUUGAGCCAAAGAAGCUUAUUGUUCGGGUGAAGCUGGAUGGAGAAUGGGUACAGGCAUUUGACGACGCUCUCUUUGACGAAGUCGUUCCUGGCGAGAGUUCGUACAAGAUUUUGGGUACAAAAGUAGAGCUAAAGCUCAAGAAAAAGAGCACUGGCCUGUACUGGAAUAAACUCAAAGAGGUUGUGUCGGGUGCACAAGUCAUGAGGGGCCAUCCGGCUGUCUUAGUGGCAAAACCCGAAUGUACACCACGUCCAUACGUGAGCAACCGAAACUGGAACGAGAUUGAAAAGGCUAUUGAUGAAGAGCUAGAGGCAGAGGAACCCAAAGGCGAGGAAGCGAUGCAAAAGCUUUUUCGUGAUAUUUAUGCCAAGGCCGACGAAAACACGCGCAAGGCCAUGAACAAGUCUUUUCAAACCUCUGGUGGCACAGUGCUAUCUACCAACUGGAAAGAAGUGUCGGGUAAAAACUACGAAAAAGACCGGACGGCACCAAUUGGAAUGGAAUGGAAAAAGACGUUUUGGAGAGCCAUGUCGGCAAUACCUCGUGCAAUUGACACUGAUGCCUCUAGUAGCAGUGUGACUGACAGUGGCAGCGACAAAUCCACACCACCAAAUUCUCCUCCUUUUAUCACCUCCAAGCGUGUUCCUGUCUCGUCUCCAGUGACUGCAAUAGCGUCGUUCACGUCUUCUGUGUCAUCCCCUCCGCCCAAUGUCCCGGCACGUCGACCGUCCGUGGUCCCCGUUGGUCGUCAGGCUGCUAUUCAUGCUACUCCUACAGCUCCAAGACGUAAAAGGAAAGCUACGCCACCACGUCGACGUCCGAGUAGUCCUGUGAAUACUACACAGCCAGUUAAACGACGGAGAAAACCAGGCGAAUUGGCGUUACGGGAGAUUCGGUUAUUACAACGGUCGACCAAGUUGCUGCUUCGAAAACUGCCAUUUGCACGUGUUGUGCGUGAGAUUCAGACAGAAUUUACAGGUGUCGGUUACCGCUGGCAAGCUGAGGCAUUGCUUGCAUUGCAAGAAGCAGCUGAGACGUACCUUGUUCGUACCUUUGAAGACGCGUACGUCGAAAAGGAACUUGUGUGCUAUUCAUGGCAAGCGUGUGACGCUCCAGGUGAAGGACAUACAGCUAUCAUUGCGGAUUCGUGGAAUUCGACCGACAGCUACAUAAAGCGGGAUAUUCAUGACGGUAUCCGUCAUGCACCUAACUUGGUGUGA